AUGUGCUUCCUCCUCACAACACUCAAAGUCACUUAUAUUUUAGAUACACCACGACCAAGUGAGGAAGAUGGUGAAGAAUCCAUGGAAAGAACUCGUUCAAGGCAGAAAUGGGAUAAUGAUGACUAUAUUUGCAUGGGACACAUUCUUAAUGGAAUGUCGAAUGCAUUGUUCGAUGCGUACCAGAACAAGGCUAGUGCAAAGCAACUUUGGGACAAGUUGGAAGCAAGAUACAUGGCGGAAGAUGCAAGUAGUAAAAAAUUCUUGGUUAGUCGUUUCAAUAACUAUAAAAUGGUUGAUAAUCAUUCUAUUAUGGAACAAUUGCAUGAGCUUGAACGCAUUCUCAAUAGCUUCAAACAAUAUGGUCUUAAAAUGGAUGAAGCUAUUGUGGUUUCUUCAAUAAUUGAUAAACUUCCCCCUUCAUGGAGAGACACAAAGAAAUUCCUAAAACAUGAAAAGGAGGAAAUGUCUCUCGAGGACCUUAGUAAUCAUGUACGAAUAGAAGAAGAUUAUCGUAAGCAAGAAGAAGUCAAUGAUAGAGGAGGUGAAUAUUAUGAUCCCAAGUAUUUUGAGUUCACUGGAAUUAUUCACGAGACUACCGCUCCAUACACACCGGAACAAAAUGGUGUAGCGGAACGUAAGAAUCAAGUUCUUACGGAAAUGGUCAAUGCUUUGCUUUCUAAUUCAG